GGUUCACAAAAAGAGCUGUUGAAUUUGACUCAGCAGGAUUACAUGAAUCGGAUUGAAGACCUCAAUCAGUCACUGAAGGAUGCCUGGGCCUCUGAUCAGAAAGUAAAAGCUCUAAAAAUAGUUAUCCAGUGUUCUAAACUUCUUUCGGACACAACAGUGAUCCAGUUUUAUCCAAGUAAAUUUGUUCUAAUUACAGAUAUACUUGAUACAUUUGGAAAACUAGUAUAUGAAAGAAUUUUAUCCAUGUGUCUGGAUAAUCGCGGCACUUUACCAGAUAAUUUUACUCCAGAAAGUGUUAAUGAUACUGCCAAAGAAACCUGUUUAAACUGGUUCUUCAAGAUUGCUUCAAUCAGAGAGCUCAUUCCCAGAUUCUAUGUGGAAGCAGCAAUAUUGAAAUGCAACAAGUUUCUGUCCAAAACGGGAAUUUCAGAAUGUCUCCCGCGACUAACGGCUAUGAUUAGAGGAAUUGGAGAUCCACUGGUUGCAGUCUAUGCAAGAGCGUACCUGUGCAGGGUUGGGAUGGAAGUGGCUCCUCAUCUUAAAGAAAGCCUUAACAAGAAUUUUUUUGACUUCCUUCUAACAUUUAAGCAAAUGCAUGGAGAUACUGUUCAGAAUCAGCUGGUAGUGCAGUGUGUGGAGAUUCCAUUGUAUCUGACUCUCUACUCUCCUGCUAUAGAUUGGAUUUUACAGUGUAUUGCGUACCGUGCUCCCGAGGUUCUGCUUACUGAGAUGAUGGAGAGAUGCAAGAAACUGGGGAACAAUGCCUUGCUGUUGAAUUCAGUGAUGUCAGCAUUCAGAGCGGAAUUUAUAGCUGCAAGGUCUAUGGAUUUUAUUGGCAUGAUUAAAGAGUGCGAUGAAUCUGGAUUCCCCAAGCAUCUUCUCUUUCGCUCUUUGGGGUUAAACUUGGCCAUGGCUGAUCCUCCUGAAUGUGAUCGCCUUCAGAUAUUAAAUGAAGCCUGGAAGGUUAUCACAAAAUUGAAGAACCCACAGGAUUAUAUUAACUGUGCAGAAGUGUGGGUGGAGUAUACCUGCAGACACUUUACGAAGCGUGAGGUCAAUACUGUUUUGGCAGAUGUUAUCAAACACAUGACUCCAGAUCGUGCAUUCGAAGAUGCCUAUCCACAGCUUCACUCAAUUAUUCAGAAAAUUAUCACCUAUUUCCAUGACUUUUCUGUACUUUUUUCUGCGGAGAAAUUCUUACCAUUCCUGGAUAUGUUCCAGAAAGAGAGUGUGAGAGUGGAGGUUUGCAAGUGCAUUAUGGAAGCUUUUAUUAAACAUCAACAAGACGCUACUAAAGACCCUGUCAUACUCAAUGCUCUUCUACACGUGUGCAAGACCAUGCAUGAUUCUGUGAAUGCACUAACACUUGAAGAUGAAAAGAGAAUGUUAGCAUCUUUGAUAAAUGGAUUUAUAAAAAUGGUAUCAUUUGGCCGGGACUUUGAGCAGCAGCUGAGUUUUUAUGUUGAAGCUAGGUCAAUGUUUUGCAAUCUGGAGCCUGUUCUUGUCCAGCUGGUUCAUUCUGUGAACCAACUGGCAAUGGAAACGAGAAAAGUGAUGAAGGGAAAUCAUUCCAGAAAGACAGCUGCAUUUGUCAGGGCUUGUGUUGCCUUCUGCUUCAUUACAAUUCCAUCGCUGACUAGUAUCUUUGCACGUCUUAAUUUGUACCUGAACUCUGGACAGGUUGCCCUGGCAAAUCAGUGCCUUUCACAAGCUGAUGCUUUUUUCAAAGCUGCAGUGAGCCUUGUUCCUGAAGUGCCAAAGAUGAUCAAUAUAGAUGGGAAGAUGCGGCCCUCUGAACCAUUCCUCCUGGAAUUCUUCUGUAAUUUCUUUUCCACUUUAUUAAUUGUGCCUGACCAUCCAGAACAGGGAGUGUUGUUUCUGGUGCGAGGACUGCUCAAUGUGAUCCAGGAUUAUACAUGGGAGGAUAAUAGUGAUGACAAAGUUCGGAUUUACACCAAUGUUUUGCAUCUACUCUCUGCAAUGACUCAGGAGACCUAUAUCUACCACGUAGACAAAGUUGAUUCCAAUGACACCCUCUAUGGUGGAGACUCCAAGUUCCUGAUUGAAAUUAACAAGCUGUGUGAGGCGGUGAUCGCUCAGAUCCUGGACCAUCUGAAGACCCUUGGACAGGAGGAGACUCUGAAGCGCCAAAGCCAGCUGGCGCUCUACUUCUUUAAUAGUAUUUUAGCUCAUGGAGAUCUACGGAACAACAAACUAAACCAGCUUUCAGUCAAUCUCUGGAACCUGGCACAGAAGCAUGGCUUUGCUGAUACCAAGACCAUGGUGAAAACAUUGGAAUACAUCAAGAGGCAAAGCAAACAACCUGAAAUGAGUCAUUUUACAGAGCUGGCACUAAGACUCCCUCUGCAGUCCAGGACCUGAUGAAUAUUACCCUUUCCAGAGUCAUCUGCAACGAAGGGCAUGUUGCCAAGUCCAUAAAAUAGAAGCUUUAUCCUGAGCUUUUAUUAGAGUUCAAUGUAUUUUCAUUUUUAAGUUUCACUUAAGAGUAUGACCGAAUGAUUUGGAGAAGGUAAAGCUGUUCUAACAAAGUGCAAUAAUUUGAACUAAGUUUGGUUCCAAUGGUGUCAUUAAACAGAAUCUGAUUGAAAUGUUUAGGUUCAGUAAAGUGUAUCUUAAAAUUUCUGAUGGCAAAUAAUAUUCCAGACCUGAAUUUGACAUGACAUAAACAACAUAAGAAGAAAAUUAUCCACAUAAGCAUAUUCAGGAGUUCCCCCUUUCCCCAUCUUCAUUCCAUUUAGGACAUAUUAUUUUCUCCUGUGUGCAAGCAAUAUGUUGAUGUACUUCAUGAUCAGCAGUAGUUCUAGAUGAGAAUUGUGCCUGACUUCUUUGUAGAUAGGGUUGUUUCCAAUAUUCAUGUGGCCAGUUCCAAUAUAACAGGAAUAUGGCUGAGAUGUUACUGUUUUCUGGAUUUGAAAAAUCAUUUUUGUAAUACACUUUCACCAACAUGUUUAUGCUUUUCAUUUUAGUCUAAAAAUGUUUUGUAAGAUGGAAGGAACCUCUACAUUUAAUCUGGCAAUCAGUCGAAGUCUUCAGAGGAAAAUGCAAAUGUAUUUAGAGUUCUCUGGGUUUUCAGUCCAAAUGCACAGUAUCAUCAAAUAAAAACUGUUAAUGUGCA